AUGCAGUAUGAGAAGUAUUUGGGUCUACCAUCCUUGGUUGGGAAAGGGAAAAAAGCAAGCUGCAACUACAUUAGGGAGAGGGUGUGGAGAAAAAUUCAAGGAUGGGAAGGGAAGCUACUCUCACAAGCAGGUAGGGAAGUGUUGAUAAAAUCAGCCAUCCAAGCCAUCCCAACAUACACAAUGGGAUGUUUCAAAAUUCCCUUGGGACUAUGCGAUGAGAUUGAAGCUAUGAUUAAAAAGUUUUGGUGGGGACAACGAGGUGACCGGAGGAAAAUUCAUUGGGUAAAAUGGGAUGACUUAACUAAAUCAAAAGCAGUGGGUGGUAUGGGUUUUAAAGAUCUUGCCAUGUUCAACGAUUCACUCCUAGCAAAACAAGCUUGGCGGCUUUUGCAUGAUCAUAAUACUCUCUUCUACAAGGUCUUUAAGGCAAGGUUUUUUCCAAAUACAACGAUCAUGGAGGCUAAGGAUUCAAGAUUGGGCUCUUAUGCAUGGAAGAGCAUUCUCAUUGGGAGGGAUGUGAUUCAAAAGGGAGCGAGGUGGAGGGUUGGCAAUGGGAAAAAAAUUAGAGUUUGGUAG